CCGUGAUUCAGUUCAAUCGUAGACGGCAUCCGAAGCAGACGCGAAAUCGCACAACGUCCAAACCAACCAUGUGGCAGUUCAUAAGGUCACGAAUAUUAACGGUGAUAAUCUUCAUAGGUGCUGCUCAUGGGCUACUGGUUGUGGGUCCGAAAUUUAUCCGGGCCAACCAGGAAUACACUCUGGUGAUCAGCAACUUUAACUCACAGCUAAGCAAAGUGGACCUGCUGUUAAAACUGGAAGGCGAAACUGAUAAUGGUUUAAGCGUUCUGAACGUUACCAAGAUGGUUGACGUGCGACGUAAUAUGAACCGAAUGAUCAACUUCAAUAUGCCUGAGGAUCUGACGGCUGGAAACUACAAAAUAACUAUCGAUGGACAGCGAGGCUUCAGCUUUCACAAGGAGGCAGAGCUGGUGUAUCUCAGCAAAUCGAUAUCGGGGCUAAUACAGGUCGAUAAGCCCGUAUUUAAACCUGGCGAUACGGUGAACUUCCGUGUGAUCGUGCUGGACACGGAGCUGAAGCCACCAGCGAGGGUCAAGUCGGUUUAUGUAACUAUACGAGAUCCUCAGCGCAAUGUGAUUCGCAAAUGGUCCACGGCAAAACUGUAUGCCGGUGUGUUCGAGAGCGAUCUGCAGAUAGCACCUACUCCAAUGCUCGGGGUCUGGAAUAUCUCGGUGGAGGUGGAAGGAGAAGAGCUUGUGUCAAAGACGUUUGAGGUGAAGGAGUACGUGUUGUCAACGUUCGACGUGCAGGUCAUGCCAUCGGUGAUUCCACUGGAAGAGCACCAAGCUGUGACUCUUACAAUCGAAGCGAACUAUCACUUUGGUAAGCCAGUGCAAGGAGUGGCUAAGGUGGAGCUGUACCUAGAAGACGAUAAGCUAAAUCAGAAAAAAGAGCUGACUGUGUACGGAAAGGGCCAGGUAGAGUUGCGCUUUAACAAUUUUGCAAUGGAUGCAGAUCAGCAGGAUGUACGAGUGAAGGUGUCAUUUAUCGAGCAGCACACAAAUCGUACGGUGGUCAAACAGUCACAAAUCACGGUAUAUAGGUAUGCGUACCGAGUAGAGUUGAUAAAAGAGAGUCCACAGUUUCGUCCGGGACUCCCGUUCAAAUGUGCGCUGCAGUUUACACACCAUGAUGGAACACCGGCUAAAGGCAUUAGCGGUAAGGUAGAGGUAUCCGAUGUAGGAUUCGAAACGACAACAACGAGUGAUAACGAUGGAUUGAUUAAGCUCGAGCUGCAACCAAGUGAGGGUACUGAACAACUCGGUAUUAGCUUCAAUGCUGUUGAUGGAUUCUUUUUUUAUGAAGAUGUGAAUAAGGUAGAAACGGUUACGGAUGCUUACAUUAAACUGGAGCUGAAAUCACCCAUCAAACGGAACAAAUUGAUGCGCUUCAUGGUGACGUGCACGGAGCGCAUGACAUUCUUUGUGUACUAUGUCAUGUCAAAGGGCAACAUUAUCGAUGCAGGCUUCAUGCGACCCAACAAGCAAACGAAGUACCUGUUGCAGCUAAACGCAACAGAAAAGAUGAUUCCGAGGGCGAAAAUUCUCAUCGCUACCGUAGCGGGCCGCACUGUGGUGUACGACUACGCAGACCUCGAUUUCCAAGAGCUUCGCAAUAAUUUUGAUUUAAGCAUUGACGAGCAAGAGAUCAAGCCGGGACGACAAAUCGAGCUGAGCAUGUCUGGACGCCCAGGAGCGUACGUUGGGCUGGCCGCGUAUGACAAAGCCUUGCUACUGUUCAACAAGAACCACGACCUGUUCUGGGAGGACAUUGGGCAGGUGUUUGAUGGGUUCCAUGCAAUCAAUGAGAACGAGUUUGACAUAUUCCACAGCUUGGGUCUGUUCGCCAGGACACUGGACGAUAUCUUGUUCGAUAGUGCAAAUGAAAAGACGGGGCGUAAUGCACUGCAGUCAGGCAAGCCGAUCGGCAAGCUGGUGUCGUAUCGGACUAACUUUCAAGAAUCGUGGCUGUGGAAGAAUGUUUCCAUCGGACGGUCGGGGAGUCGCAAGCUGAUCGAGGUAGUACCGGACACGACCACCUCCUGGUAUCUGACGGGCUUCUCGAUCGAUCCCGUGUACGGGUUGGGUAUCAUCAAGAAGCCAAUCCAGUUCACAACAGUCCAGCCGUUCUACAUCGUAGAGAACUUACCAUAUUCAAUAAAACGAGGCGAAGCGGUCGUGUUGCAGUUUACGCUGUUCAACAACCUUGGAGCGGAGUAUAUAGCCGAUGUGACGCUGUACAAUGUGGCCAACCAGACCGAGUUCAUCGGACGUCCAGUUACGGAUCUCAGCUGCACCAAAUCGGUAAGCGUUCCUCCGAAGGUUGGUGUUCCGAUCUCAUUUUUCGUAAAGGCCCGCAAGCUCGGCGAGAUGGCGGUUCGUGUGAAGGCUUCGAUAAUGCUGGGGCACGAAACGGAUGCGUUGGAAAAGGUGAUAAGGGUGAUGCCCGAAAGCUUGGCGCAACCAAAAAUGGAUACAAGCUUUUUCUGCUUCGACGAUUACAAAAAUCAAACGUUCCCUUUCAACUUGGACAUCAACAAGAAGGCCGACAAUGGAUCGAAAAAGAUUGAGUUUAGACUAAACCCCAACUUGCUGACCAUGGUCAUCAAGAACCUGGACAAUCUACUCGCCGUUCCGACGGGAUGUGGUGAGCAGAAUAUGGUCAAAUUUGUUCCCAACAUUUUGGUGCUGGAUUAUCUGUAUGCCACCGGAUCGAAAGAACAACAUCUAAUCGACAAAGCUACGAAUUUGUUGCGUCAAGGAUAUCAGAACCAGAUGCGUUACCGCCAGACAGAUGGUUCGUUUGGUGUGUGGGAGAAAAGUGGCAGCAGCGUGUUUCUCACCGCGUUCGUUGCCACAUCGAUGCAAACUGCAUCGAAAUACAUGAACGAUAUAGAUGCAGCAAUGGUAGAGAAGGCAUUGGAUUGGUUGGCCUCGAAGCAGCACAGCUCGGGACGGUUUGACGAGACCGGUAAAGUGUGGCACAAAGAUAUGCAAGGAGGGUUGCGCAAUGGUGUGGCCCUCACAUCGUAUGUGUUGACGGCAUUGCUGGAGAAUGACAUUGCCAAAGUGAAGCACGUGGUGGUAAUCCAAAACGGAAUGAACUAUCUGAGUAAUCAGCUUGCAUUCAUUAACAAUGCAUACGACCUAUCGAUAGCAACCUACGCGAUGAUGUUGAACGGACACACCAUGAAGAAAGAGGCACUCGAUAAGCUGAUUGAUAUGUCUAUCAGUGAUAAUAAUAAAAAAGAACGGUACUGGGGAACAACGAACCAAAUAGAAACCACAGCAUAUGCUCUGUUGUCGUUUGUGAUGGCCGAGAAGUAUCUGGACGGUAUACCGGUUAUGAAUUGGUUGGUGAAUCAACGGUACGUUACCGGAAGCUUUCCACGCACGCAAGACACGUUUGUGGGCCUUAAAGCGCUGACCAAAUUGGCGGAAAAGAUAUCUCCGUCCCGAAACGACUACACCGUUCAACUGAAGUAUAAGAAGAGCACAAAGUACUUCAACAUCAACUCGGAGCAAAUUGAUGUCCAAAAUUUCUUGGAAAUACCGGAGGACACGAAAAAACUUGAGAUCAAUGUAGGGGGUAUUGGGUUUGGGCUGCUGGAGGUCGUUUAUCAAUUUGAUUUGAAUCUCGUCAACUUUGAGCAUCGUUUCAAACUAGACCUGGAAAAACAGAACACAGGCUCAGACUACGAGCUGAGACUGAGGGUCUGUGCCAACUACAUCCCCGAGCUGACCGACAGUCAAUCGAACAUGGCACUAAUCGAGGUGACCUUACCGAGCGGUUACGUUGUCGAUCGCAAUCCGAUCAGCGAGCAGACGACGGUGAAUCCGAUACAGAACAUGGAAAUUCGUUACGGUGGCACUUCAGUCGUUCUGUACUACAACAAUAUGGGCACCGAGCGAAACUGUUUUACCGUGACUGCGUACAGACGCUUUAAGGUAGCAUUGAAGCGUCCAGCGUAUGUUGUUGUGUACGAUUAUUAUAAUACAAAUCUGAACGCCAUCAAAGUGUACGAAGUGGACAAGCAGAAUGUGUGCGAAAUCUGCGAGGAAGAAGACUGUCCCGCAGAGUGCAAGAAAUAGAGACUGAACGGUGAAAGAGAAAAUGUGGCAAAGAUGUCGUCAGAGGCAGCUUGAUACGCAGAUAAAUGCAAGAGUUGAAAUAGUUUUUGCAAGAGCGAACAUGUUAAAUAAAACACUUCCAAAUGAUGCAAGAACCAA